CACGCCCUCUAGGCACGAGGGCAACAGCGUCAUGCACAGCAACAGUCGUCUGCUGGGGUAUAAAGGCAGAGGCAGGGCCUUCCCAGCCAUCGUCUGGAGCCGCCAACAUGAACUCCUUCGCCGCAUUUGCUGUUUUCCUCUGCUGCAUCGCCUAUGGGCAAGCCAACUACUUGACGGACUUCGACCGGGCCAUGGAGCACUGCUCCCACACACCCCUGAACAACGCCAACUUCCAGGCUGUGAGGCGCUGUGCCCCGUCGCUGAGUAACCGCGCCACCUUUAACCUCUGCCUCAACGGCCUGAACGCGGAGGCCAAGAAGAUCGUCAACGCCGGGCUGCUGGCGUGCCUCGACAAGUACAUCACGGCCCUCAAGGGCGCGGGCGGCUCGUCCGACCAGAAGAAGGGCCGCCUGGCCGCGUCGGGUGGCGGCAACAAGCGAGCCCGCGGCGGGGGCAAGUAGUGCCAAAGCGAAGAACACACUGUGACCUUUAUCGCAAAUAAAGCAGAUGUAAAGAAUAA